CCUCCCUCCCUUCUCCCUAGCCCCCUCCCCCACUACCCCCUCCCCCAAUUCUCCAUCCCCUUCCCUCCCGGUCUCGAAGGACCCCGUCCUAGCCCGACCUGUCUCAUCCCGCAACCCCCGCGAAGCGGUCUGUACCAUUCCCCGCCCAUGUGGGCCCCCUUGGGCUGCCCACGCCUGUCCCCCAGCUCCCGGUUCCGCUGGGCUUUCCCCUCGUCGGGGGUGGCUUUCUGAGCCUUCCGCUCCGAGCCCCUUUCUAUCGCUUCUCCUGCCACUCGGGGCCCCCGUACCCCCUCCCGGCGGCGGGGGGCUGCCCCCGGGGGGCUGGCGGAGCUGGGCCGCGGGGGCCCCGGGGCCGGCGGUGCCGGGGUCAUCGGGAUGAUGCGGACGCAGUGUCUGCUGGGGCUGCGCACGUUCGUGGCCUUCGCUGCCAAGCUGUGGAGCUUCUUCAUUUACCUUUUGCGGAGGCAGAUCCGCACGGUAAUUCAGUAUCAAACUGUUCGAUAUGAUAUUCUCCCCUUAUCUCCCGUGUCCCGGAAUCGGCUGGGCCAGGUGAAGAAGAAGAUCCUGGUGCUGGAUCUGGAUGAAACGCUUAUUCACUCCCAUCAUGAUGGGGUCCUGAGGCCCACAGUUCGGCCUGGAACGCCUCCUGACUUCAUUCUCAAGGUGGUAAUAGACAAACAUCCUGUCCGGUUUUUUGUACAUAAGAGGCCUCAUGUGGAUUUCUUCUUAGAAGUGGUGAGCCAGUGGUAUGAGCUAGUGGUCUUCACAGCAAGUAUGGAGAUUUAUGGCUCUGCUGUGGCAGAUAAACUGGACAAUAGCAGAAGCAUUCUCAAGAGGAGAUACUACAGACAGCACUGCACUUUGGAAUUGGGCAGCUACAUCAAGGACCUCUCUGUGGUCCACAGUGACCUCUCUAGCAUUGUGAUCCUGGAUAACUCCCCAGGGGCCUAUAGGAGCCAUCCAGACAAUGCCAUCCCCAUCAAAUCCUGGUUCAGUGACCCCAGUGAUACCGCCCUUCUUAACCUGCUCCCGAUGCUGGAUGCCCUCAGGUUCACCGCUGAUGUUCGUUCUGUGCUGAGUCGAAACCUUCACCAACAUAGGCUCUGGUGACAGCUGCUCCCCCUCCACCUGAGUUGGGGUGGGGGGGAUAGGGGGGGAAGCCCUCGGGAUGCCGUCUGAUACCCUGUCCGAUGGUGAGGACUGCCUGGGCAGGUUCUGCCCCUCCCACCCCUCUCUGACCUGGGAGCCCUGCACUCUACUUGGAGUCUGGAUGGACACAUGGGCCAGACUCUGAAGCAGCCUCACUCUAACUUCUUGUUCGAAAUCCCUGGAAACCCCAGACUGGGACAUAAGCGGAGACCUAGGAGAGCCGAAACAGUGUCUGUGAUGGAGACAGGACUGGCCAGAGUGAAAAACAGACAUUCGGUAAUCCAGGAGACUCAAAGUGAAGCCAAGCCAGCUUUGUUGUGAUUUGAUUUUUUAAAAACUCUUGUAAAAAACUGAUCUAAUUCUUCACUCCAAGGGCUGGGCUGUGGGUGGGAAAAUGGGAUUUUGGGCCACUGGAUUUCCCUAAACUUUACUUUUCCCACUUUCCCUUUCUUCCUAGAUUCCCUCAGACCUGUAACCAGCUUUCUUUUUUCUUUCCUCUUUUAAACCAUGCAUUAUAACUUUGAAACCAAAGCUGCCCUAGGUCCUUC